GAGCGUUCGGAGAGCACUGAGGUCGCCUUCGUCACAGAGCUCGUGAAAAAGCUCCUCAUCAUCAUCUCGCGACCGGCCCGACUUCUGGAGUGUCUGGAGUUUAACCCUGAGGAGUUUUACCAUCUGCUGGAGGCGGCGGAGGACCACGCCAAGGAGGGUCAUCUGAUGAAGACGGACAUUCCUCGUUACAUCAUCUGCCAGCUGGGACUGACCAGAGACCCCAUUGAAGAAAUGGUAAACCUGGAUAGUUACGACAGCGAAGGACCUUUAACGCCUGAGACAGACGACUCAACAGAGGGGAAGAUCAGAGCAGUGAAACCACCGGAAGAAGCCGACUUCCAGACCAUCAAGCUGAUUAGUCACGGAGCGUACGGCGCCGUGUACCUGGUGCGUCACCUCGAGACACGGCAGCGCUUCGCCAUGAAGAAGAUCAACAAGCAAAACCUGAUCCUGAGGAACCAAAUCCAGCAGGCGUUCGUGGAGAGAGACAUCCUCACCUUCGCAGAGAAUCCGUUUGUCGUCUCCAUGUUCUGUUCGUUCGAAACCCGCCGACACCUCUGCAUGGUCAUGGAGUACGUGGAAG